GGCGCCGGGCGGGGAGCGGCGGCCCCGGGGCACUAAAGGGCCGGGAGCGGGAGCGGGGCGCGGCCCGCCGCUCGCCAUGAGGGCAGCGCUCGCUCCCGGCAUCCGCCUGCUGCGCGCCGUGCCCCGGGACAGCCGCUACCGUGGACUGACGCUAGUGCUGACCUUCCUCUCCUACACCAGCUACCACCUCUCCCGAAAACCCAUCAGCAUCGUCAAGAGCCAGCUGCACCUCAACUGUUCGGAACUGGGCACCAACCCCCACAACGACUCCAACAGCACCACGUGGUGCAGCUGGGCGCCCUUCGAUCAGGACAACUACAACGAGCUUUUUGGUGCUUUGGACAAUGCCUUCCUUGUGGCGUAUGCCAUCGGGAUGUUCAUCAGUGGCAUUUUCGGGGAGCGGCUGCCGCUGCGGUACUACCUGUCAGUGGGCAUGGUGCUGAGUGGGAUCUUCACAGCACUCUUUGGCUUUGGCUACUUCUGGAACAUCCACGUCCUGUGGUACUUCAUCGUUGUGCAGGUGUGCAAUGGGCUGGCACAGACGACCGGCUGGCCCGCAGUCGUGGCAUGUGUCGGGAACUGGUUUGGGAAGGGGAAGAGGGGUCUGAUCAUGGGCAUCUGGAACUCACACACCUCCGUGGGCAAUAUCCUGGGCUCUCUCAUCGCGGGCGUCUGGGUGUCCUCUGACUGGGGCUUGUCCUUCAUCGUGCCCGGCGUAAUCAUCGCUGUCAUAGGCAUUGUCUGCUUCUUCUUUCUUGUGGAGCAUCCUGAGGACGUUGGCUGCAGCCCCCCCCAGCAACACGAUGCAUCAGAUGAGAAGGAUCCUGAAGGGGUGACCUCUGAGGACUGCAGCAGCACCGACUCCAAAAAGCUGGCUGAGGAGCUUGAAGCCAUCAGCUUCCUCGGGGCGCUCUGGAUCCCCGGUGUAGUGGAGUUCUCCCUUUGCCUGCUCUUUGCCAAGCUGGUGAGCUACACCUUCCUCUACUGGCUGCCACUUUACAUCGUGAAUGUUGCUCAUUUUGGUGCCAAGGAAGCUGGAGACCUGUCCACCCUCUUUGAUGUUGGCGGUAUUUUAGGUGGGAUCUUUGCUGGCCUCAUCUCUGACUACACUGGUGGCCGGGCCACCACGUGCUGCGUGAUGCUGGUGGUGGCUGCUCCCAUGCUGUUCCUGUACAACUACGUUGGACAGAAUGGCAUUGGCACGUCUAUAGCAAUGCUGAUCGUCUGCGGUGCGCUGGUGAACGGCCCCUAUGCACUCAUCACCACGGCAGUGUCAGCAGAUUUGGGAACCCAUGAGUCCCUCAAAGGAAACGCAAGAGCUCUCUCCACCGUCACAGCCAUCAUCGACGGCACGGGAUCCGUAGGUGCUGCUCUGGGGCCUCUCCUGGCAGGGCUUAUCUCCCCCACCGGCUGGAAUAAUGUAUUCUACAUGCUGAUAGCAGCUGACGUCUUGGCUUGCCUGCUCCUUGCUCGUGUGGUGGUCAAAGAGGUGCGCGCAUGCUGUGGCUGCAUGGCGAGGAAGAGAGGCUCUAGUGUGCAGCUCACAGAGUCAGUGCUGGAUGGGAAGUAGCUCUGUGUGAGUACCUCCAGCUGCACCCGCUUCAGCACCAGCACUGAAUGCAAACACUGAUCAGCCCCGGUGCUUGGCGUGUCACUGGCAGCCACACUCCAGCUGGAGGUGUCCCUGCUCGCUGGGGAGUUGGACCAGACGGCCUUUAAAGGUCCCUUCCAACGCAAACCAUUCUGUGAUUCUAUGAUUGCAAAUAAUUCCAUGGCCAAGCCAAAGGACCCAACCCCAGCGAGAGGGCGUGCUGCAGGCAGGCACUCAGCACAACCCCAUCUCCAAUGCCUUGGGACGCACAGUACUGAUUAACUCCACACAGCCAAAUUUAGAGGCUGCCCACCUGUGCUAAUGAGUAGAUGAUGCUGCUAAUCAGCUCACGGCCAAAUUGCUGUGGGGAGGGUGCACCUAAAUCAUCUCCAAAUCAGCACCGGCCAAACGCCACGGUGAGCCGUGCUAUGCAGCCCAACACGAGCUCCUCCAUCUUGUGC